CAUAUUAACACAGUACACAUACACUCAGGUCUUCUAUAUUCACACACACACACGUGCACACACACACACAGACACACAGUACAAAGAAGGUUCAGGUCCUUAUUGAUUUCCGUUUGAAGUCCCAGGUUUACUGAAGUGGCUGCUGUCUUUAAGAUUCCGUCUCUCUUGAAGUGUAUCUAUGAUAAAAAUUACAGACCUCUACAUGCUUUGUUUCUACUGAGGUGCAGGUGUUAACUUCACAAGAUGCCGAUACAAGACACGUUUCUCAUUUUAGAAAUCUUCAUCCCGUUGAUCACAUUUGGCAUCAGCAUCGUCUGCUGCAUAGCCUUCUGUAAGUCCUUACACCGGGCCCGCGAGGUGCAUCUGGACCGGGAGGAGAGACGAGACAGGCCCUCCAUCUAUGUCAUUCCCUUCCCCACAGUAUCUUAUGACAACGAAGACAUCCACAGGCCUCCUCGCUACAGCAACUCAGAGUUCUACAGCCCACCUCCUGCCUACAAUGAGGUGGAGAUGAAGCCAGACUUUAUCCACCCAGAGCUUCCUCCAGCCUAUUCUGAGCUCUCCAACACACCUGUUUUCCCCAUGCAAUCUUACUCAGUGCCUCCUGAACCCCACUCCCAACCAUAGGACCGUACCACCUUAGGAAUCCUGUGAGGGGGAGGCCUGAGGCCACAGACUAAGGGAUAAAUAACACAGAAAAUGGCACAUACUGUAUGUGGAGUGGGGAUCCUGAAGCUGGACAUGUAUACCACAGAGACUUGGUCCUUGGGAAUGUGGAAUGGGGACGUGAGGUGGAAAGUUUGGAGACCAUAAGGAAAAGCAAGUGUUUGGACGUCUAUGAAAGUGUGUACUUUAAAGCAAAAGUUGGGGAUAAGAGAUCAAAUGGGGUUGCGUAGUAGCUAUAGCUACCAAUCUGUACAAACCAGUGUGUAAAUAUUAAGAAAUCUUUCACAUUUUAUUUUUCAAAGUGUAACUCAGAAUAGUUUAUUAAUUUAUGUAAAAUCUCAUGGACCUUGUUGUGUAAUAUGGUAAAUUAUUUUAACUAUUUUGACAUUGGGAAUAAAGUCUGUUCUCAUAUCAAUGA